AUGGACCACCACUCGAGCCCGAGCCAGAGCCACCAGGCUACGCUGCCGCCUGAGCAGCCCUACACCCCCCACGAUGUGCUCGACGAGACGGCCAAGACGGCCGCCAUCGGCCUGGGAGCCGGCCUCUUCCUCGCGGCCAUCCGCAACGCCAUGUCGAAGCGCAACCUCGGCGCCCUGGGCAUCUUCACCCGCGGCGCUCCCGUCAUCGGAAUCUGCGCCGCCAGUCCCGCCGCGUACGCCUUCUUCUCCAGAACCAUGAUGAACCUGCGCGAAAAGGAGGACGCCUGGGCCGCCGCCUUUGGUGGCUUCAUGUGCGGCGGCGUCCUCGGCCUUCCAUCUCGGCGAAUGCCCGUCGUCAUGGGUCUCGGCGGUGCCGUGGGCGCCAUCCAGGGCGCGCUGUACUUCCUCGGCGGCCGCAUCGACUCCUUCAAGAAGGAGUCUGACGAAUUCGAGCGCAAGGAGAGAGUUAGGAGGACGACCAGGCUGCCCGUUGAGCAGACUGUUGCCGAGCUGGGCGAGGGUCGAGGCAUCCGGCCUCCUGGUUAUGAGGAGCGGAGACGCGAGCGCAUUAGGGAGGCGUACGGAUUCGAGAUCAACCCUGUCAAGGCGACCGUGGAGGGCGGCCGAUAG